GCUUUAUUAGUUAAUGACCAGGCCCAACGACACGCCCUCAAUUAAAAUGGCUGCCGAGAGCACUCCACUCAAUCCAGCAAUGCUAGCUUUGAUUGCAAAGGAGGGAUGGUCGUUAAGUGAUGAGGGUUUGUCUUUGUGUGUGGAAGGCUGCUCAAAAGAUGGUGGGAAAGUGUCCCAGAAUACUGUCAUUGCUCAGGCACUUAACUUAGAUCUGAGAAAGAUUGGAAAGAAGAGUCUUCCUGAGCUUUCUAAAAAUAGGGAGAUAAAUGGGAAAUUGGUCCUACAAAUUCAAAAAGUGUCAAAUGUUGCAGUCCCUACAUCAAAGCACCAUGAUGACUCGUGUAAAAAGAGAUUACUAAAGCUUCAACUCACAGAUGGACACAAUUACUGCCAUGCUAUAGAAUAUGGCUCACCUAUACCUCAUCUUAGACCUUCAAGUCCUCCUGGUACCAAGUUAUUGAUAUCAAGCAAAGUUAAUGUUGUGGGUGGCUUUCUGUUACUAACAGAGAAGUCAACUGUAAUACUAGGAGGCCACGUUGAGCACAUGAUUAAAAAAUGGAAUCUUGAAAAAACUUCAGAAAACUUCCAAAGAGUACAGUCAUCUGGAACAGGUCCCCCUCCAUUUAUUCCACUAACUGCUACAGCAAAUAAGACAUCAGUUCAACAGCGAAAGACUCUACCUACUGUACGUCAGGCAGAAAAGUCUUUCAAAUCCGAAGCUCCUUCAAGACAGCUUCAUUCUUGUGAAGAACAUCAUCAUACUGAUAGACAUAAACAGGACAGUAAAUUAGAAGCUAAAUCCAAGGAUUCAAAAUACUAUGAUGACAGAUCUACUGCAAGUACUGGGCAACUUAGAACAUAUCACGAUGGCAAAUCUGGUUCUAGUGACAGCAAAACAUCUUCUAGUUCAUAUCGAGACAGCAAAUCUGCUUCAUACCAUGACAGAAAAUCUGGUUCAAAUGACAACAAAACUGAGUCAAGUUCAUACCGUGACAGCAAAACUGCUUUAUAUCGUGACAGCAAAUCUGCUUCAAGUGACAGCAAAGCUGAUUCAAAUUCAUACCGUGACAGCAAAACUGCUUCAUAUCGCGACAGCAAAUCUGCUUCUUACCAUGAUGGUAGAUCUGCUUCAAGUGACAGCAAGGCUGCUUUAAGUUCGCGUCAUGAUAGUAAAACUCCUUCAAAUUCACACAGCAAAUCAGAUGCAGCCUCUUCAUAUCAUGGUAGCAAACCAUAUUAUGACAGCAAGAAAGUUUCAAGCUCAUAUCAUGACAGCAGAAUACAUCAUGAGAGUAAAAGCUCAAGCUCAUAUCGUGACAGCGAGACACAGCAUCAUGACACUAUCUCAUAUCGUGACAAUAAAAGUUCAAACUCUCAUUGUGACAGUGAAAUACAUUAUCAUCAUGAAGCUAGCUCACACCGUGACAAUAAAAGCUCAAGCUCGUACCGUGACAGCAGAAAAACUUCAGAUUCAUCACACCAUGACAGCAAAAGAGCAACCUCAUAUCAUGAGAGUAAAACACCUUCAUAUUCUGAUACAAAAGCAUCUUCAAAGUCAUACCAUGAAAGCAAAGGAGCUACUGGCUCAUCAGUUGGUGAUAGUUCAAGCCAUAGACAGGAUAAAAGGUACUCCAAGCCCAAUGAAGACAGAACUGGUAGAGGAUUUGAUUAUCAUGAUAAGAGAAUGACUUCAUCUACCUCAGAGCAAAAAGUAACUACAAAUGCUACAACACAACAGAAAAAAGAUACUUCAGCCACAUACAGCUGGGACUCUGUUGUAGCAAAUUGUAAAGCACCAUCUGCAGCUAAGGAGAAGCAGAAAGACAAAAUGACUCAUUGAUAAUAAUUACUGUUUCUUGUCUGCAUGUGCAAUUAUUAGAAUUUUUAUUCUGAAUAGAUUGAGUUCAAAAAAGUUGUGAAACUAAUGAA